GUAAUGGUGAUCAGUCGAGAGAAUAAAAAUGGAAUAUCAAAUAAUGAUAAGCCACGUACUAUAGAAGAUGCCCUUAGUCAAUUAAGCAAUGACAAGCUCAUUGGAAAUUUUGAUGACAUCUAUCAAAUGAUGCCAUUGACCCGAGACACAUCUUGUGGAAUUUCUUUCUUAAGAGGACCAAUACUACAGAAAUUUGCAAAUAAGAAAGUCUUGGUGCUUAUUUAUGGGAUACUUAGUUUGGUCUUUGCGUCAGCUGGAUCUUAUUUCAAUGCAACGAUCACGACAAUUGAAAAGCGCUAUAAAAUUCCUUCAAAGAAUAUGGGAAUUAUUUCAGUUGGAAAUGAUGUGAGUUCCUUAUUUCUUUCGGCUUUUAUAGCAUAUUAUGGCGGCAAACGGCACAGACCACGUUGGAUUGCAUUCGGACUUAUUGCGAUCGUUAUUUAUUGCAUUUUGACGGCAUCACCCCAUUUUUUAUAUGGAGCUGGUCAAGAAAGUCUGUCACUGACUGUUGAGUAUAGAGGAUCAAAGAACCAACAAGAAACACAAGAAGCAUUGCUUGUAGAAAAUCGAAAAAUGCUGUGUCGCAGAAACUCGACCGAUGGCAUUGCAGAAUGUGAAGUUGAUGGUGGAAGUUUAAUGCCGCAAAUUUUACUGUUUGUUGCUCAAUUAAUAGCUGGUGUAGGUCAAACUCUCUGCUCUACACUCGGUAUCUCGUACAUGGAUGAUAAUAUCAAAAAGUCAAAGACUCCGGCGUUAAUGAGUAUCUCAUUUUUCAUGAGAUUAUUGGGACCAGCACUUGGAUACGCUCUUGCUAGUUAUUGCCUUAAAAUUUAUAUUGCUCCAGAUUUGACACCUGUUAUCAACAAUAAAGAUCCACGCUGGAUAGGAGCUUGGUUCAUUGGAUGGAUUGUUUUUGCUGUUGUGCUGAUGUUUUUUGCUUUAGCUGUAAGUAUGCUUCCAAAAGAAUUACCACGAUCUGCUGUACGAAAACGUAUUGAGGAAGAAAAAAUAAAGCGUGGUUUGAAGCAAGUUGAGAAGUCGUCUGUUGGUGAUACUGAAGCAUCAAUUAGUGACAUGAUUGUGACAUUUAAAAGACUGUUCAAAAAUAAGGUCUUCAUGCUGAUGAAUGUUGGAGGGAUUCUUCACUUAUUUGGGUUCCUUCCAUACUGGAUAUACACACCAAAGUUAAUUGAAACUCUUUAUCACCAAACAGCGUCAGCAUCAAGCUUUUACACUGGCACAUUAGCUAUUGUUUUUUCUGGCAUUGGAGUGCUUAUAGGAGGAGUUUUUAUCUCAAAAUUUAAGCCGUCUGCAAGAUUUCUAGCGAUGUGGCAUAUCAUAGCAGGAUCACUUUGUCUAAUGGGAAUUAUUUCCUAUGCAUUUAUUGGAUGUGAAGAAAGUGACAAAUCAAUGAGCAUCCAUCGAAACUCGAUUGUUCCAUGCAAUCAAGAUUGUCAUUGUGAUUUUGUAAAAUAUUCGCCAGUUUGUGGAACUGAUGGAUUAACAUACAUUUCAGCAUGUCAUGCAGGUUGCAACCUUAUCAAUGUUAAAAAUGGCACAAAGCAGUUUAGUGAAUGUUCAUGUGUAAAAUCUAGAAAGGAAAGCUUUUACACUCCAUUCUCACACAAUCCAGAUUCAUUGAAUGAAGUCAUUGAUGAACAGAUUGCGAUAUCAGGACCAUGUGCUGUAAAUUGUCAACGAGAAUUAUUUAUCUUUUUGGCUGUAAUGUGUGCAAUGAAAUUUAUUGGAGCGACAGGAAGAACUAGCAACUUCUUGGUAUCCAUUAGAUGUAUUGACGAGAAGGACAAAUCAGUUGCGAUUGGUCUUGGUGCGACUUUAGUUCAUUUAUUUGCAUUCAUUCCAUCACCUAUAUUGUUCGGAUAUUUACUUGACAAAUCGUGUUUAGUGUUUGGAAAAACAUGUAGUGGAACUGGCAAUUGUUGGAUUUACGAUGGAGAAACUUUAAGAUAUCUCAUGAACUAUUCAGCAGCUCUCUUUAUUGGUUUAGGGACUCUCGUUGAUGUUGGUGUGUGGCAUUAUGUUAAAGAUUUAAAAAUAUUUGAUGACGAGGAUGAAGAUGAGAAGAAUGAAAUAACGACAAUUAGAUUAUAAUUAGCAUAAGGUUUUUAAUUAGCUUUUAAACUGAUAAUCUCAAAGAUAUUUUACUAGUUCCUACAACUUAUGUUUAAAGAUUUUAAAGGAAGUAAUUAGUUUUAGGAUUAAUUAAUAUUUUUGCACACAUUAAAUUUGUAAAUUUUAUCUGCUUAUUGUGUGCAUCAUUUAGGUGGGAACAGAUAAAAAGUGAUACUGCUUAUCAUCGUGACAAGUGAAAAUUUUAAUAAUUUAAUAGUUUGUUAUUCCAAAAAAGAACCUUCAAGGUUUUUAUCCGUUUAUAUUAAUGAUAGUACUAUUUUAUACUUUUUUUAUACCCAAU